UGCGCCAUGCAGAGCACCAAGGCGUAUUGGUUGCUGCUCGGCCAGAUUUUAAUAAUGGUGCCCAUUAGCGUCGGGGCAGAGUCCAGCAACUGGACGGAACAGUUGGAGCUGGAGCUGCAGCGUCAGCCAAACAAGUUGGCCUAUUGCCGGACACUGCAGCGCCUCCAGCUGCAGUACGAGCUAACCAGCUGCGUCCACAUACUGGAGGAUGAGCUUACGAUGACCGGAGAGCUGCUGAUGGACUCGCAACAGCGCUGCUGGUGGGGCUGGGAGCUGUUCGGCAGGCGUUGCCGCAAACGUGUAUAGGCUUAGCUACAGCAACUAUUGUGAAAAGCAGCAAAAUGAAGUACGAGAAAAAAUUCUGUAAAUCUGUGACUUUUAACGCUUACGCUAAAAAUCAGCUUAGGGCAUAAGAACAGGCCACACACUUGACAGCUGGUUGACUAAAACUCAGCUGGCAACAUGCAUCGCCUCUAUGACUUAUUAUAUAUAAUUGUUUU